UGACAGCUUCAGUAAAUUCGGGAGACUCCAGAAUGUGGCAUUCAGGGAAAAGAGGGAAAGCUGGAGAAGCGCGGCCAACCGGACCCGUCUAAAGGAGCAGAACCGGACCUUCGCUCUAGAACCUGGAGAGUCCCGGAUCCGUUUGAGGCGCAGGAAAACUUUUCAGGAAUAUCCACUCUGGGAAAAUCGCCACUUUUCCAGCUCCUUGAGGAGUUUUCCUAAAUCCUCCGCUGGAGUUCGGAGGACUGGAAGUUUCACCGAUCGGAUCUCAGCCAUCACCUCCUCCCCGGACCUCCAGCUCCUCCUGAGAACAUCUGCUGAUGGAGAAACUGAGAACCUGAGGUGGGUUCCUGGAGCUCAGGAUGAAGCUCUGAGGAAGAGGAGCGGUUCCCAGGGCAGGAGGAGGAGGAGCAGGAGGAGCAUGGGAAAGGAGCAGGAGCUCCUCCAGGCUGUGAAGACUGGAGACCUGCUGUCCACUCAGAAGCUGCUGUCUAAGCUGAAGACCAGCAGGAACAAGCUGCUGGGUUCCACCAAGAGGCUGAACAUCAACUACCAGGACUCUGAUGGCUUCUCAGCGCUGCAUCACGCCGCCCUCACAGGAACCACGGAGCUGCUGGCGGCGCUGCUGGAGGCCGGCGCCACCGUGGACAUCAAAGACACCAACGGCAUGCGGCCGCUGCACUACGCAGCCUGGCAGGGGAAGGCGGAGUCGGUUCUGGCGCUGCUGCGUUCUGGCGCGGCGGUGAACGGCGCCUCGGUGGACGGACACAUCCCUCUGCACCUGGCCGCUCAGUACGGACACUACGAGGUGUCAGAGAUGCUCCUGCAGCAUCAGUCCAACCCAUGUCUGGUCAACAGGACCAAGAAGACUCCUCUGGACCUGGCCUGCGAGUUCGGACGAGCCAAGGUGGUCCAGCUGCUCCUGAGCAGCAACAUGGUGGUGGCGCUGCUGGAGGACGAGCGGAAGGAGCCGACGGACUCGUCCUACACCACGCCGCUGCACCUGGCAGCGCGAAACGGACACAAAGACGUGAUACGGCUGCUGCUGAAGGCCGGCAUUGACAUCAAUAAGACCAGCAAGUCUGGAACAGCCCUGCAUGAAGCGUCGCUGUAUGGAAAAACCGAGGUGGUGCGGCUGCUGCUGGACGCUGGAGUAGACGUGAACAUCAGGAACACCUACAACCAGACGGCGCUGGACAUCGUCAACCAGUUCACCACGUCCCACGCCAGCAAGGACAUCAAGCAGCUGCUGCGAGAUGCCACCGGAAUCCUGCAGGUCAGAGCUCUGAAGGACCACUGGAACCUCCACGACCCCACAGCCCUGAACAUCCGGGCCGGAGAUGUGAUCAUGGUGUUGGAGCAGCACCUGGAUGGACGCUGGAAGGGCCACAUCCACGACAGCCAGAGGGGGACGGACAGAGUGGGCUUCUUCCCUCCGUCCAUCGUGGAGGUGAUCAGCAGGAGGAACGGGGGCACCCUCUCCCGGCACGCCUCUCUGCCCACCCAGCGCCAGCAGCUCCUACCUAAAGCCCCCCUCUCCUCCAGCCUAAGCUCCGCCCCCCACACCGACGACUCCUACAGUCUGUAUGCCCCGCCCAGCCACGUGGUGCUACCGCUGUCCAACGGCCUGGCUACCUGCACAGGUUUGUCUUCCAGCCUCCUGUCUCAGCCUGGGUGUCCCUUUGAGGACAUCUGGGUCCUCAGGGACUCGCACCACGCGGGAGACAGGAACAGCGUGGGCAGCACCGGCAGCGUGGGCAGCACCCGCAGCGCCGGCAGCGGACAGAGCACCGAGAGCAGCGGAGCCCCCAACGGACACCAGCAGAACACCGGUCACCAUGACAACAAGCUGGCGCCCCCUGCUGCUGAAGCAGGGCAGUCUGCAGACCAGAUCCAACAGGCCGACAGUCCUGCAGGUGGCGCCGCUCGGAGACAGACGGUGAUGGUGCAGCGUCCUGCAGAGCCCAGCUUCACGCAGCAGUUUGUUCGUCCGCAGCAGCUCCUGGAGGGGAAGGAUGCGGACGCCAUCUAUCAGUGGCUCAGUGAGUUCCAGCUGCAGCAGUACACCGAGAACUUCCUGAACGCCGGAUACGACGUGCCGACCGUCAGCAGGAUGACUCCCGAGGAUCUGACCGCCAUCGGAGUCACCAAACCAGGACACCGCAAGAAGAUCUCCAUGGAGAUCGGCAACCUGAACAUCCCAGAGUGGCUGCCGGAGUACAUCCCGUCGGACCUCGGAGAGUGGCUCAGCGCCAUCGGCCUCCCGCAGUACCACAAAAAACUCUCUGAAAAUGGCUAUGACUCCAUCAGCAUCGUCAAAGACCUGACAUGGGAGGACCUGCAGGAGAUCGGGAUCACCAAGCUGGGCCACCAGAAGAAGCUGAUGUUGGCUGUGAAGAAGCUGUGCGACAUCCACAGGGCCAUCCUCAACGCCGAGUCCGGCCCCGGAACGCUUCGGCGUAGAGCGCCCGGGGGCCUCCACCUGGUGACCAUCGACUCUCCUGAUGCCAGCAGUGAAUGUUCUUCUCCUCACACUCCCAUGAUGGUGACCUUUCAGGACAGCGAACUCAGCGCAGAGCUUCAAACCGCUAUGUCGAGUCACUACGGCGGCUGCGAGGAAGGUUUGGCCAUCAAGAACGCUGUGGGGAUGUCCCGCAGCCAGGAGAGCAUCGACGCUCGGUCCAGAGGUUCUGGCCGCUCCCAGGAGCCUCCCACCGCCUCCAUCAACCCUCACAGCUGGUCCCAGGAGAGCCUUGAAGGAAGCCCAGCCCGGGAGAGGAACCUGCCUGAAGGCUGGGACCCGAGGCCGCUGCAGCACCAGCCGCUGCCCAAACAGGUUCCUCUGGGAACGGCCACAGUCUUCAAGUACCCCGCCAUCCCGGCCAAACCCAGACUGCCUGGAUCCCGUAAUAACUCUCCUCAUGGCUCCCCCGCCCUGAAAGGUUUCAACUACCUGCACUCCGAGUGCGGCUCCACCGACCUGAACCGACCCGAACAUCUCAGGACCCUGACCCCGCCCCACAGGCGCCCUCAGAGCAAGACCCGCUACGCCCUGUCAGACGGGGAGCCGGACGAGGACGACGACGACCUUGCCGUGCCUCGGGGAAGCGUUCCUUCCUAUGCCACUCUGACCCGGAAGCCCGGCCGCAGCCAGCUGGCCCGCUUACAGUCCAACACGGACAAGAACAGCGGCGUGGGCCGCAGUCAGUCGUUUGCCGUGCGAGCUCGUAAAAAAGGUCCGCCCCCUCCGCCGCCGAAGAGACUGAGCUCAGUGAGCAGCACCACCAGCAGCGAGCUGAGCGACAGCAGCCCCACCUCCUCCUCUGGGGGCGUGGUCACCGACAGCCCGGGAAGCGUCCGCAGCAUCGCGGCGUCUCUGCAGGGCAGCCCAGGCCUCAGACUGAGAGCGGAGGCCUCAGAGGCCGCAGAGGUGAGGAGGAAAGUUCAGAGCGUUUCCAGUCAAACCAGCAGCAGCGCGGCGGGCGACCCAGGGCUGAAAUCCGAUUCGGAGGAAGAAGAACCAAAGGAUGGUGGACUGGAUGGAUCUUCGUCACCUCAGAACAGUUCCAGCGAGUGCAUUCCCUUCGCUGAGGAGGGCAACCUGACCAUCAAACAGAGACCCAAGGCUCCAGGCCCCCCCAGGGCUGAGGCCGUACUGGAACCACCAGACAAACCAGCAGCCAAGACUCUGGAGGUCCCCGAGUUCAACCUGAAAGAGUCCGACACAGUGAAGAGGCGCCACAAACCCAAAGACAAGGAGCAGGGCGAAGGCUCCCCCGUCAGGUCAGGAGCCGAAGCAUCGGGGUCGGAGUCUGGGGGCAGCAGACCUCCGUCCAGGAACCAGGACCGGGUGGACCCCAGAACCAGCGAGAGGUCCAGCAGUCCAGCUGCAGGUUCUCCUGUUAAACCUUCUGUCUCAGCAAAACCUGCCGUCACCCCAAAACCUGUUCGCCACAGUCUGCUGGCGUCUCACGCAGGACGUUCCUCUCCCACGUUGACCAUCAGUGUGGUCCAAAGCGUGGCCUUCUCCUCCUCAGCCCCCCAGGGGCCCCCGGCCCCUCACAGCCCCUCUUUGGCUGCUAGGAGACAUCAGGCUCUUCCUUUAGGACCCAGUCUCACACCUGAGUCUUCUAGUGAGACGGAGGAGGUCCAGCAGAGACUGGACCAGACCAGCACCUCUCUUGCUGCGGCGUUGGAAGCCGUAGAGACAAAGCUGAUCCAGGACGGCGGUUCCGGGGGCAGGGGGAGCACUGUGAGGUCAGCAGGGACCAUCCUGGACGACAUCGGGAACAUGUUCGACGACCUGGCUGACCAGCUGGACGCCAUGUUGGAUUAAAGAAACCAGGCUCCAGUCAGACUCAGACAGCAGCGCCUGAACGUGGCUGCCGCCGCUAAUGGCGUCCAGCCGCUCGUGGCGUCCAGCCCGCCGCGUCGCUGAGGAGAAACUUUAACGGAUUUAAACAUUUAUUUUCUGUUACCUGCUUCCAGAAAACAUCACCUGAUCAGCUCCUCAGCAGAGAGACUGGCUCCAUCUAGUGGCCAAGGCUGGUGCUGCUUCAACACGGACAGCUGGUUUUGGUUCUGCUGCUCUCCAUACCUCAUUCUCCUGGUUCUGGUUCUGGUUCCUGAUCAGUAUUUCUUCGCCCUCUAACUUCUCCUUCAUGAAUGAACUCUUUAUGAAUGCGUCAGAACUCUGACACUGACCCAGUCGAGCCCAUGAGACCAUUAACCGUCCAGACGGUCCAAUGGAGCCGCCUGGAGCCACCGAGCAGAACCUGAAGGUUCCUGGAACCAAGCGGUUGGUUCUGGUCCUGGUUUCCAGCUUCCUGUGGGUCAAACAGUCCUUCAGAACUUUAUUCAGAGCCAAACUGAAGCAGCCCGGUACCAUUCGACCCAACUGUAGCUCUGAUGACUGGUUCUGAUCGGCCAUCAGGCCCAGGAGGACAUCAGGAGUCUGGAGUCCUCUGUGGAGAGGUCCGGUUCUGCUGGAUGAACACGAACCGGGUCGGUCUACCCUCCUGUGGCACUGAUGGACGCGAGGCUGAACCCAGCUGGUUAAGGCUCGGUUUGGACCCGUUUCAUUUCCUGACAUCAGUGUUCUGGAUCUGACCCGGAUUGGGAACAGAACCGGGCUCCUUAGAACAUGGUUCUACUAACUCCUCUCUGACCCAGUUGGUAUUAACCGGGUCGUUUAGCAGAACUGGAACCAAAGCUUUGUACAAAGUUCUUUUUUUUUAAAUUAUAGCCUGAAGGUUUCUUAUAAAUGUUCUAUUUGUGUUCAGCCUCUGGUUCUGGUCCGUUUGACCCGGAUCUCAGGACCCAAAGGAGCGGUUGGAUCCUGGUCUAAUCCAGCAGAGGGCGCCAUUGCUGUGCUAAGGUUCCAGUCGGAACCAACUGGGAUUAUUGGAUCAGAUCCAGAGGCCUAAAACGUUCAGCAGAAAGUUCUCAGAACCAGAGGAACUGCUGGAUUAUAUAAUCUGAUUAA